AGAACAAAGAGGAAAAACAAAGGGAAGAUCACACCAGAAUUUUAUCUAGGUUCACCCCAAGAACAAGGGCCACAGAUGCCUCAGAUUUGCACUAUUCAGAAGAAUUUCUUACAGCAACAAUGGUGGUUAUAAGUCACAGGAAUCGACUGGUAACCUCUAAACCCUGCAUCAAGUUUUUCUCUCUCUGUUUUUCUUUCUUACAAAAUCCCACUCUAACUCUGUUUCUCUCUUUUGUUUCCUUUCACAUGAACAUCUGAUUUUUUACACGAGAACCACACAACUCUAAGAAGAGCAAUGGUAUAUGCUAUAUAUAUGCACUCAGAAGGCACACUGGGAAAGGAAAAAAUUAACUCUGCAGGCAUGGACACUAUGAAGGGGCAGACACGAGAGCAUGCACAACUAAUUAGAAGUUUUGGUGUUGAACAAAUUAUAGUUGCUGUUUGCAAAAUGGAUAUUAUUGGAUACUCCAAGGAUCGGUUUGAGUUCAUUAAACAACAGCUUGGGACGUUUCUCCGCCUUUGUGGGUUUAAAGAUCCUUGUGUAUUUUGGAUUCCACUGAGUGUAAUGGAAAAUCAAAAUUUGGUUGCGGCGCCAUCUGAUGCACGUUUCUCUUCCUGGUAUCGAGGACCUAACUUGUUGGAUGCAAUUGAUUCCUUCCAACCACCCUCAAGAGAUUUCUCAAAACCUCUGCUCAUGCCUAUAUGUGAUGUCAUCAAAUCUGCUUCACUUGGGCAGGUUUCUGCCUGUGGUAAACUGGAAGCUGGAGCUCUUCGGACCGGCUUUAAGGUUCUGGUUAUGCCUUCCGGAGAGGUAGGAACUGUGCGAUCCUUAGAACGUGAUUCUCAGGCUUGCUCGAUUGCAAGAGCUGGAGACAAUGUUGCAGUCAGUCUUCAAGGCAUUGACGGAAGCAAUGUGAUGGCUGGUGGGGUGCUAUGUCACCCUGAUUUUCCAAUUUUUGUAGCAAAACAUUUAGAAGUGAAGGUUCUUAUUUUGGAUGUUACAACUCCAAUAUUAGUUGGUUCUCAGUUGGAGUUUCACAUACACCACCUGAAGGAGGUGGCUAAGAUACCGUCGUUGCUCGAUCCAAAGACGGGCAAGGUGGCAAAGAAGGCCCCUCGUUGUCUUACUGCGAAACAGAGCGCUGUUGUUGAGGUGGUUUUGCAGGGACCAAUUUGUGUAGAUGAGUUCUCAAGUAGCAGAGCUCUUGGAAGAGUGUUUCUAAGAGCACUAGGACGAACUGUAGCUGUUGGCACUGUAACAAGAAUUAUUGAGUAGAGUACCAUUUUUGAUGUGUUUUACUUUGCUUUACUAUUUACACAAAAUCCGUCUGUAUCAUGUUCCCUAAUCAUUUAUAUUUCUUUUUCA